AUGGCGGCAGUAGCAUCCAGUGAAUCUAUGCCUGGAAUGAACGAUGAGACUCCUAAAGCUGAUCAGGACAUGUCUGGAUUCUAUACGCGAUACUUCAAGAGAUAUGAAUUGUUGAUUGAAUUCAAAAACCUACAACAUCCAAGUCAAUGUCCGCCAGGGAUCUAUAUCAUGCCCUCGCCGGAUAAUUUGAAUGAAUGGUAUGGUUGUCUCUUCAUCCACAAGGGAUUUUACGCUCGAGGAGUCUUCAAAUUCGUUGUCAAGAUACCUGAGUCAUAUCCACAGCUGGCACCUUCAGUGACCUUCUUGACUGACAUGUUCCACCCAUUGAUUGACCGAUUCGGAAACAUGGACAUAUCCCAUCAUUUCCCAACAUGGAGGCCACGCAAGGACUUAAUUUCUCAUGUACUCAAAUAUGUCAAGGAGUGCUUCAAGGAAUCGAUACUCUCUAAGCUUGAUGAAAACUCGGUGCCAAACAAGGACUCACUACAUAUGUUUGUUCACGAAAGACCACUAUUCGCUAAAUUAGCAGCCCAAUGUGCAACGCUAUCUGUCUCAGAUUCCAUUCUGUAUGAUUCAUAUUUGCCAAACAAUCCCGUCAAGUUUGCUCCCAUCCAAGAAUCCCAAAUCCAAGCCAUAUUGAAACAGUUGGAAGAGAAUAAUUCGUAA